ACUAAAAUGGAGUGCUUUUUGCAAGUCUUGUCCACGUGGAGCUUCUGCACAACGGGUGUUGGUAGACCUUGACAUUUCAGCAUCCCGGGCUGUGACUUGGAGAGUUUUCCUGAAUCUCAGCUGCUUCAGAAGCUUCUCUUUGGAAGCAGCGUGGGUUGUGGCGUGGAUGUGUUUGAUCCCCUUUUGGUUUUUGUUAGACCUGGAGAAGGAACGGAACCGAGGCAUUGGGAAACCAGUUCUAGGAGGUCCCUUCUCACUCCUUAACCAUGAGGGACAGCCCAAAACCAGCAAGGACUACAUCGGCCAGUGGGUGCUGAUCUACUUUGGCUUUACCCACUGCCCUGACAUCUGUCCUGACGAACUGGAGAAGAUGAUUGAAGUGGUAGAUGAAAUUGAUAUGGAUAGAAUUCCAUCUUUGCCUAAUCUGACCCCACUCUUCAUCACCAUUGAUCCUGAGAGGGACAAUGAAGAAGCCAUUGCCAGAGAUGUUAAAGAAUUUUCUCCAAAGCUGAUUGGAUUGACUGGUACCAAGGCACAGAUUGACCAAGUGGCCAAAGCUUACCAUGUGUAUUACAGCGAAGGUCCCAAAGAUGAAGACAGUGAUUACAUAGUGGAUCACACAAUAGUAAUGUACCUCCUGGGGCCAGAUGGUGACUUUGUGGACUAUUAUGGCCAGAAUAAGAGGAGCGCUGAGAUUUCUGCUUCUAUUGCUGCACACAUGAGAAAAUACAGAUCCUAAAACACAAAUUCUUCAAAGAUUGAUGUGAACAUCACCUGCGGGUCUGGCUGUAAUUGGGCAAUGGGUUAAAGCAGAAGCAUAAAGUGUAACAUCCUGUCACCACAUGCUUCCUUUCUUCCAGAUAAGAAAGGCAACCAUACUUCUGCAAAAUACCAUUAUCAAGAAUCUCUAUAGAGCCUUCCUGAUGGAUAUUAUGUGCAGCAAUGGCUAGGCUACAGAAUGAAAUUUGGGACUUCUCAGAAACGUUGUUGGGAGCAAAAAACGCUUUUCAUUUGAGAAGAACAUGUGUAUCACUGGUAAAAUGAAUUGGUAUCACUUGGCAAGACGUCAGUGAAGGACAGUUACUGCAGGAGGAUGAUUACUUGAUGAAAGGUCACGUGGACCAUGGCAUUCUCAGAGAACCUCUGCCUUCUUUUUGUUUUCUGCACUGUUUUGCCUUCUGGGAUAGGCAGUUACAACAUUAUAAGCAGGAGAGCCUUAAGAGGACUUCUUUAUCAAGUCUAAGAAGGUGGAGAGCACUGAAAGUGUCAGCAGCUUCCACACAUAGGACCAGCCCUGUAAGUGUGCCUGAUCUCUUCCUCAUUUGAAUACGGUAAUGAAAUGUUGUUUUUCUUGGUGAAUUUUCCAGGUGAAUUCUGUUAACUUAUAAGGAAGCGAAUAAUGGAUUGCAAAUAGAUUUUUCUUCUGGUCUAGAUAAUUUCAUGCGUACUUGGGCCUGGUUGUGCUAUGGUGAGAAGUGGAGUGGAUAAAGGGGGCCUGUGGCCAUGCAUAGGGCUGUCAGACAAAUUCUAUGCAGUGCAGCAUUUGAAAACAAAGAUUGCUUUGUAUAAGCAAUAUAUAUUUUUCUUUUUCCUGAGUUAGGUUUGAUCAGUAUAUCAUCAGAACUUUGUGUACUGGUCAAGCUUCAUAUUCCUGCUCUGUCUCUUUCUAAAAAGCAGUGUGUAUCUGGAGUAGUGCAAACCACAAGCUGAAUGUGCAUUUUUAAGGGAGCUGAACCCCAGAGAAUGGCCCACAGGAGACAAAACAGAAAAGUUCUUGGUGCAAGUCCCGGAGUGUUUCAGACUAAAUGCAAGUGUUCCUGCACUGGUGUUCUUCUGAGUGUGGGGGUUGGAAGAGAAUGUUCCUAUCUGAGGGAAAGUGCAAUGUCUAUGGUAAACUUCCUUAUUUCCCAAAUCCUGAAAAACAGUAAACUUAACCUGCUUCAGAGCAGUUACGAUAAAGUCCACGUCAGCUGCCCUACACUGCUACGGUGACCUCCGGGGCGUAUCAGGAAGGUUACUGUGAGUAUGUCUAAGACUGCACUCUUCUGAUAAAGCUCUUUGAAGGAAGACAGUGCCAGUUUACAGUGGGAAUUCUAAAAAGUGUCUUAGUAGAAUUAAACUCAAGGGCUGAAAAGGAAGUCAGGUGGGUUUGGUUUUUUUUUUCCUCAUGCUGGCUGGCUUGAUUGCAGUAGGCAAUAGGAGUGGCUUUGAAAGGAAAUUUCAUGCUUUAAGUCCUCUAUUCGAGGCUGUGUCAAAUCCACGGUGUUAUCAGUAAUAUUGGUGUCUGUGAUAACUGGCACCCUGGCAAUAACGGUUUUAUUUUCAUGGAGUGGUUGCAAGUGUCCGCACUGUUUCUAAAGAGCCUUUCCUUUCUUUUUAUUCUUCCCUACAAUCCUGGAGGUACUUUAUUUCUUUACAGAGCUGACUUUUGGCACCCGUUAGCUCUGCAUUUCUUUGGGUGGCUGUGCACCAGUUUUUUGCAACAAGACAGGCCAUG